UCUGUACACGGCGCGUAGUUCUUUCAUAACUUGUGUUGUAUUUAAUACGGUAGACAUUGGAAUCUGUGUUAAGCAGUUAUGGUGAAUGCAACAAUUGCUUGCACAUAAACAGGCGCGAAAGUUAUCUUGGAAAUAAUAUUCAUAAACAAAAUGGGCGUGUUUACUUACAGACUGGAUUUAUUACUGUGCUUAUUUUUGUUUCUUCACAAAGGGAUUUCCGUAUACUCUCAAGGGGACAACCUUGCACCGCACUUUAACGUACCUGCUCAGAACGAGACGGCCGUGGCUGGGCGGACAGCCAUUCUCACGUGCACGAUACAGAGUUUGGGAGAUCACAAGGUGGCGUGGAUGGACCCAAAGCUCAAGCUUCUUACCAUAGCGGAUCAGCGGAUCAUCCAGGAUACCCGGAUAAGCGUCGAGCGUCCCUUCACCCAGAACUGGAACCUGCACAUCCGGCAGGUGCGCCUGAACGACAGCGGCGAGUACCAGUGCCAGAUCAACACAAAGCCCGUCAAGAGCACCAAGGUCCUGCUAAUUGUGCAAGAGCCGCCUGCGAUCAUUCGGACAUCCGGCAGCCAGACGGUGCGAGAGUGGGAGACGGUGUCGCUGUGGUGCACAGUGACCGGCGUGCCGUUUCCUACCGUCACCUGGUACCGGAAGAACAAGCACGAACACCAGAAGGCUACUGAAGUUGUAGGUGCGGACGGCGAGGGCCUGAAGAUCCACAACAUCUCCCGCUACUGCCAGGACGAGUACGAGUGCGUGGCAGACAACGGCAUUGAAACUAUGGCUAAGGCCAAGAUGGCGGUAACAGUGGAAUUUGCACCGGAAGUUUCGCUUUUCACAACAAAACUGAGCCAGAGUCAAGGCAAGGAAACUAUUCUAGACUGCAGCAUUUCAGCCAGUCCCCACGCGUAUAGCGUGUGGAGGUACAAAGGCAUGGACAUUCAACAGUCGGCGAAGUACGGCAUCUCCGUCUAUAACGACGACCGGUACACGAAGACGCUCAGUUUACGGAUCGGAUCCCUGACCGAGGAGGACUUCGGCAGGUAUAAGUGCGUGGCCGAGAACAAGCAUGGCAGCGACGAGGACUCCAUACUCUUGCAUGAACUGAAAGAGCUACGACAAGAGGUUGUGACGACGACGACAACGACGACGACGCGGUCGCCAUUAAAGCCAGUGAACAGUAAUGAGUACUUCGAAAGAGAUAAACACGUGUACCCCACACGCUACUGGAACAGAAUGACGCCCGAUCACAAUAAAGACAAUGUCGCUGAAACCGCCCAAGCCUCUCGCACUUCCUCUGCGCACGCGCACAACGCAUAUACGUUAUUGUGUACAGUCUCUCUCCUGAGUGUCGUUCUUCUUAGAUAGUACUGACGUCAUGCGACGUUAUCACGAAAAACGACGUCUGCAAUAAACGCCGUGUACAAAUUUCAUUAUGCAAAACGAUUUAAGAGCAGUUUAACUGUUCGCGCAGUAACUUUUUGGUGAGUUUGUGCUUUCGUCGUAAUUCAUAUUAAUUAUAUAAACGUUUGGUUCUUAGAGGACUCAAAAAUAAGUCAAAAUUAGGCAUCUCUGCUGUUUAUAAAGUUCGAUAAGACACAAUAAGACUGAUUGAAAAAAUCGUUCGGAAUUCUUUGUUAAAUAUUACAAAUGUGCAAGGAUGUUUUAACAUAUUACGCGCGAUACAUACACAUAAAUUGUCAAAAGGAGAAUUAUCAUGUGAAGAUAUGUGAGCCAUGUCGUAAUAUGAAAACAUAUUGCCAAAUUACCGUAUGUUUUGUAAUAUGUAAAUUGAUAUGUCAGAUGUAUUUUAGACUCGGUCUGGGUAAACUGGACUUUAGUUUAUCCUGUGCAGUCCGCAAAGGCUGAUCAGGGACGACGCUUUCCACCUAAACUGGAUUAUGCGGAAUGAGUCAUCCCUGAUUAGCCUGUUCCGAUUGCACAGGCUAAUCGGAGAUGACACAUUACGCACAUGCUAUAAGCUCAGUUUUCCCAGAACGAGGCUUUUUUUCUUGCGUUAUUUAUGAAACUUAAUGUAAAGUUCUUACAAACGCUGAAAUAUGAGAUGCGAUAUGAAUGGAAUUUUCGGUCGGCUCAGCAGAAAAUAUUAUAGCGUUUGAUCGAGAGAAAAGACUGAAUAAGAACAUUCGGUUGUAUAAAGACAUAAGGCACUUGCUCGUGGUAAUAUUCGCUUUUCGAUAGCAUACAUGGAGGUGGAUGAUAUUCCAGAGUAUUUUCCAGCCGAUCCACGAUUGACAGAAAACUUUUACAACGGCCAAUCAUUACAAUAAUGAAGUUGUACGUGGGUGUUAGACAUACUGACUUGGUGUGAGCCUAUAACCGAAGCAUUACCAUUAUUCGAAGUGUUGCGGUUGUGACACGUAUGUUGCUAUUGAAUAGACUGCAGGAGGUUCUUCUAGCGGAAACCCCGGUCUUAUAUACAAGUGGGCACAGUGUGUAAAUGUAAUGAUAAAUGUAUCAUUUAAAUGAUUACUCUUGGUUCCUUUUAAGCGUUUCCGCGUUCUAAAAUAAGUAUGGGUCCAGUGUGUGCUUAUUAUAUAAAUAUGUGUCGUUUAAAUCUUCCAUGACUUUGCUUUGUCCAUAAAUCGAGAGUUUAUAUUAAUAGUGUUACAAUGUUGCGAAUGUUCUUCAGCAAUCCGCCUGAGAGACUGAGUUAGUUUAGUUAUGAUGUGAACACUCCACUAACUUUUAUUGAAACACAAGGGAGAUCACUAUAUUGCUCUUGAAUAUUUUUUCUUGCGGUUGUCGCCCAUGCCUUUUGAUCGUUUUCGUCAAAACAUGCGGAUGACUUUCAUAAUAUGGUGUGAUUUCUCUAAUAAACCUGUUUGUAUUAUUUUUUUAUUAGCCAUGUUAAGAUGAACGUAUUUACCGAUAAAACAAUAACAAGUAUACAUUUGUAUAUCCAUUCCUGUCACAGCAUUAUAUCAGGCAUUAUCAUUCAUAAUAUAUUGUAUUGAACAAUUUAACUGUUUAGCAUUAUUGUGUUAUCUUUAUUUAUCAUCUUAAUUUUAAGAGUGUAUAAUUUAUAUUGUUAUAAUGUGUUAUCAUGUUAUCACGUUGUUGUUGUUUUGUUUUGCAUUUAGUAAUUUUGAAUGAGAGUGUGUGCACAUAAAUGUAGUGUUUCGGUCAAUAAUAUUAACAUUUAACCAAAUGUAUAAUUUAUUUCAUAUAUGCAUUCGUUUUAUUCUUUUUUUAUUACAUCGUCUUCAAAAUCAACACCAUUAUCAUAAUAAUCAUCAUUAUCAAAGACGAGUUCCGUAAUCGUUUAAUUUAGAUUCAUAAUAUUAUAAGCAUUUCAAUAACGAACUGAUUUAUUUCCAUGUGUUGCCCACUAACGUAAUAAAUAUAUAUUCAAAAUCAGUGUUUCUCUUGUCAGUUUUAUUGCAUAGUUACGUAAAGCUUAAC